UUAUCUAUUCAAACCCAGUUUGCAAGCUGGGGGUUCUCUUGAAGUCACAACUCCAGCUUGAAGAACAGACGGCAGGUGUAAGCACAGGAGCUUUUGCAUGGCUCCAGUUUCUUCACCAGUUGUGACUUUUCCUGGAUCAUGACUCCCUGUGCUUUGUUACUCAAGCCCUGGUUAUCUCUCAUCUGGACUACUCCAUCUACAUGAAGCUACCCUUGAGGUCUGCUCAAAAGCUUUAGCUGGUCUUUGGGUCCUCAAGAGUGAUCCAACUCUGUUCCAAAAACUUCACUGGCUACCAAUGUGCUUCUGACUGCAGUUCAAGGUGUUGGUUAUGACCAUUAAAGUCCUUAAGGGCAUAGGUCCAGGCUCUCUGAUGAACUUCCUUAUCCUGCUUGUGCCAGCAGAGUCUGUCUGUCCUGCUUGUGCCAGCAGAGAGUGCCUAUUUUGGAUCCCGAUGUUCAAAGAUCUCUGAUUAUUGGGAUCCAGAAGAGGAACCUUCUCUGCUGCAGUACCUACCCUUUGGAACCUUCUAAUCCUGUAAGAUAUUUCCUUCAGAACUAUCAACAUAUCCUGGCCUUGGUUUUUGCUGUAAAGGAGAUAAAUGAAGACAGUAAUAUAUUAUCCAACAUCAGUCUGGGUAUUCAAAUCUCUAAUAGUUAUUUCACGGCGAAAUGGACCUACUUGGCUUCAAUGGAGCUUCUCUCAACACGGGGCAGAUUCAUGCCCAACUAUAAGUGUGAUGUCAAGGACCAGGUGGUUUCUAUUAUUGCAGGACCUAAUUCUUCCAUCUCUUCCUUCAUGGCAAACAUCUUGAAUAUCUAUAAGAUACCUCAGCUCAUUUAUGGAUCUUCUCCAGCGAUAGAGGGCGGGACACAAGAUUUUUUCUAUCAUCGAUUUUUCCCAAAUGGUGACCAGUAAUUGGUCCAAUCCCUGAUUGCUGGUCUUCUCCAGCUGCUGAUGUAUUUACGGUGGACAUGGAUUGGACUGAAUUUCCAAGUUGAAAAGAGUGGUGAACAAUUAAUAGAAAAUGCUGUUACUUUGUUUUCUGAGAAAGGUAUCUGUUUUGACUUCAUGGAAGAGACGGUCCAGCCAACAUUUACCAAUUAUGUUGAAACUAUAAUGAAUGAUUUCCGUAAAAUAUAUGUGACUUUCAUGAAGAGCACUGCCAAUGUGAUUAUCAUAUAUUGUGAAAACGAUUACACUUUCACUAUUGCAUUGUUGCCCUAUUUUGAAAAAUUGAUAGAGGUACCAGUCAAGAGAAAAGAUAAAGUUUGGAUAAUGCCAGCUCAGAUGGAAUUUACAUCACUUUCCCUUCUCAAAAUGUUGAAUAUGGAUGGUUUCCACGGUGCUAUAACUUUUGAAGUUUCUUCCAAGGAGAUCCCUGUAUUUAAUAAAUUCCUUCAGAUGAUAACGCCAACUUCAGUAGAGGAAGACCAUUUAUUUAGAAUGUUUUGGGAACAGGUUUUUGAAUGUUCUUUUCCUAAAGAUAAUUUAGAUGAAGACACUGGAACGAUGUGCACUGGAGAAGAGAAGUUUGAGAAUGUACCUAAGUCUGUGUUUGACACCACCCUGACUGGGCAGAGUUACAGCAUCUAUAAUGCAGUCUGUGCUGUGGCACAUGCUUUACAAGCCAUGCUUUCCCCCACAUUUAAACACAGAACAAGAGAAGUCGGGAGAGAAACAUUUCUGACUCAAAAAGCAUGGCAGGCAAUUAGAGAAUGAAUGAACAUUUCCCAUUGCAGUUCUCUCUGUAAUUCCAUGAGCUGCAGAACAAUGAGAACACUGGAAUAAAGAUUUUAAGUCUCCUA